AUGAUGGCGGAUAUCAUGGAUUUCAUUAGGCCGACCAAUGCCUUCGAGCUUGCAGCAUUCGCCAAGAAUCAUCAUGAUACAUACCAGUUCAUCGAGCCAAUUGGGACAGAACUCUCCGGAAAGUCCAUUCUCAUCACGGGUGCUUCGAAGGGCAUCGGGCGUGCCACUGCUGUGCGGUGCGCCAAAGCUGGAUGUGCUCGGAUCGCUGUCGCUGCUCGAUCUUCCCUUGAAGGUGUUAUCAAAGAAAUCAAAGAUGAAGCUGCCAAGCUGCUAGCCAGAAUUUCGAAGCUACUUUUGGGGGGAAAGUUGGACAUCCUCGUCAACAAUGCCGGGUAUCUACCUGAAUUCAAGACCGUCAUCGAGUCUGAUCCAACAGAAUGGUGGAAAGCGUGGGAAGUUAAUGUAAAGGGAACAUUCCUUUGUUGUCACUACUUCCUGCCAUUUGUUUUGAAUUCGAAGACAAAAACAGUCAUCAACCUCUCCUCAAUCGGAGCCCACACUUUGUCUUACGGCGCCUCUUCUUAUCAGACAUCUCGGUUCGCAAAUGUGCGACUGAACGAGUUUUUAGCGCGUGAAUAUGAGGAUGAUGAACUGAUUGCGAUCUCAAUACACCCCGGCGGCAUCAAGACUGAUAUGGCAGCCAACUUUCCAGAGAUGCUUCACUUUUCUCUUGCGGAUGAGCCGACACUCCCCGCCGAUACAAUCAUCUGGCUCGCGAAGGAGCGACGGAAUUGGCUAAAUGGGAGAUUUGUAUGGAGUAAUUGGGACCUGGAAGAGGUGGAAAGUAAACAGGAUCUUAUUGUCGAAAACGACCUGUUCAAGUUCCGCAUGACCGGAUAA